AUAGCUGUAUAUUAAUUAAUUAAUUAUUAGUUCAUUAAUUAUGCAAAAUUGAUUGAAAGGAAACAAAUGCCUGGUGCAAACUGUGCCACUGAAAUUAAUGUUUUCAGGAUGUGGUAAGAAGUGAAGAUACACUGUUCCUAUGUGAAGCACACGCCCCACCCACAAACAGCUCACACAGGCAAGUUUCUGCAAGUGAAACGUCAUGAACAUGACUUUCAGAAGACGACGAGUAAAGGAACCAGCAUCAUGUCUGUGCAAGGGGACUUCACAAACCAUUCCACGGAAAUCAAUAGUACAGGCGGUAAUCAAAGCACAUGCACAAUAAAGCCUGAAGCAAGCCAUGAAACCAUCUUGCCUUGGCUCUAUCUGGCUUUGGCUGUCAUGGGCCUUCCAACCAAUGGAAUAGUCUUGGUGGAUCUUUGGAGAUCAGAGAGGACCCCCACUAACAUCUUCACUUUGAACAUAAUCAUGUCAGACCUGCUGAUGGGCUGCAGUUUUUUCUUCAGAAUAGCCUACUACAAAGAAAAUACCAACUGGUUAUCUGGAACUCCAGCCUGCAAUGCAUUCGAGCUGAUCAUUUUCUCUUGCUUCUACAUAAACCUCUAUUGCAACAUGUGUUUCCUUUUGUGGACCAGCAUUAAUCGGUAUACCACAGUGGUUAAACCAGGCCACGCCAUAUUUCAGAUCUUUAAACAUACACGCUCUUGUUGGAUCCUCUGCUUUUCUACCUGGUUGGUUGUCAUCACAGUUGUGUAUGCUAGCAUGGGGGUCAAACUGAGCCUACAAGUUCAUGGAACCUGCUUUGACCAAGUUGUCAAUAGUUACAGUGUCUAUAAAGAUCAGUUCAAUACUAUCCACAGCUUAGGUGUGUCAACAUUUUUCUUCAUUUUGUGCUUAAUGCUGGUCAGCUAUAGCCUGCUGGUCUUCCAUCUGCAGAAGAUAAGGGGAGGAAGUUUAGUCGGCACUGGAUUUGGGCCCGGAGGGGGUCUGAAGGUUCGCAGGAAGAUCCUGGCCUCGGUCAUAAUAUUUGUACUCUGCUUCCUACCCUACCAUGUGCAAAGGAUCAUCUUAUUAACAUCAGAGCAUAAAAAAUGUCAGGAAGAGUUUAAGAUUAAAACGUGCACCAUCUUCUUUGCAGCUCUGAGCUGUUGCCUGCAUCCCGUCCUUCAGCUGGUGUUUCGUUUGCGGUGCUGUCGAGCCAAUCGCAACCACAGAGUCAAACCCAAAACUGAGAUCUCCAAGACCCUGGACACACCUCACAUACAUACUAUAAAUAUCACAGAACACGCUGAAGAAACUAAGAAAAAUGAAACUGAAUUAAGCCACCAGCAACCAACAUCAUAGUUUUGAGAAAGUAGCAAAAAAACCUGCAUUUCCUGUGUGAUGCAUGCAGCAAUGCUUACCUCAUGCGAACCUUGGAUAACUGUGUUUUGCUGCUAUUACUGUUUGGCAGAAGCAAAACUUUGUAAAACCUGUUUACAUGGUAGUGCGCUACCUCAGCAUACUAACAUACCUUUUACAAAGUAUAUUUUUCUGUAUUAAUGACAACUAAACUUAUUUUAGUAAGGCUUUGCAUGUUCUGCUAUCUGCUUUUGUAUUUAUUAAUUUAUAGUAUUAAAUAUCGCAGGCACACAAUUUGCACAGUGAAAUUGCAUUCAUUAAAAUUCUAUGUUGUUCACAGACACCAUUUUGCCCAAAGUAGGUUGUCUACAUUUUCUCCAGAGACAUCACCUACAUUUGAAAUGUUCAGCCGCACAAACUCACCACUUUCUGGAACUUUUUUAUUUGGUUAUCUUUCUAGGGUAUAUAACAGAGUUAUAAAGGUUGAUCCUGUCAUUGCAGUGUUUGGUGUGGUUUUGCCAGAAGAGGGCCUUACCAAAUAACGAGUGGUAUCCCUCAUCAAGAUGAUGUCUGAUUUUACAACACUGGAAGUCUGAGGCUUUUAUUAUGCGUGUCAUGGAUUUGGGAAAGACUUUGCAUUUGGAAGGAAAAGAAAGAGCAUGUCUUUUUGAGUAUCUGGGAAUCAUUUACAUUUACUAUGUGAUGGGUUUAUCCCUUGAAUGUCUUGGUGCAGUACAGUUGUUAUUGUUGUUUUGUUUUCAAUGUCACUGACAUGUUAACUAGUAACCACGCAGAGCUGCAAUAAAUGUUUGUUUUGCAAAAAAAAU